AUGCCACCAUCAAGUGGCUUAGAGGGCGUCCUCAACUCGUCCAUCGCCUCCAAUGGCUCGACGGCAAUCCCACAGUCAACAACCCUCCCCGACAUCUCCCUCGGCUCCCUAGGCUCAAGCUUCCACUCUUUCGACGAGGACUCCUUCUCAGCCACCCCAAGGAAGCCCAUCUCCCCCUCCCGUACGCCCAACUCAGACCGUUUCGACCGGCACGGCGGCGGGUUGUACACACCCGCGGCUGCGGCUGGGCCAGCUACGGCCCUCCUUGCAUCUCCACCACCGAGCACUCUACCAACGGCAGGCCGGGCGCGCCAGCGCGGUGGGGACUCGUCUGAGGAGGACGGUGACGACGCCCUCGACGCGCGGUAUGGGAGCGUCGGCGAAGGGUCUGAAGACGAUGGCGUCCUCAACAACUUGUCCUUGAACGUGUCCCACCGCCGCGACGUGCGCAAAAGUAAAGCUGGAGGACGACACAGUGUCGCGGCUGGGCCGUCGAACCAGAUGACACUUCGGGAGCAGGAGCAGAACGUCGACGCGUUGCAGAAGGAGAACUUCAACCUCCAACUCGAAAACCACUUCCUCAAGGAGCGACUCGCUUCCAUGGCCCCAGACAACCUCGAGAGCGUGGUCAGCGAGAACGUCAAGCUGCGCGUGGAGAUCCUCACAAUCGCAAAGGAACUCAAGAAGUGCAAGAAGCUCUUACUGCAGCAAGACCGUGACUUGGCGGCCACGGCACGAGAGCGCGAUGACAAGGGUCGGCGGCGCGAACGCGAUGCGGAGGCUCGGGAAAUGGAGGGCAUGUGGCGCGAGGAGAAGGAGAAGCGCCAGGCCGUCGAGGAUGAGCUUGCCAAGGCGCGCGAGGAGCAUGAGGACAAGGUCCGGGAGAUCCAGUACGACCUGGACGAGCUGCGAGGCCAGGUCGACGACCAGCUCGAAGAGAUGAGCCGCCUCCGCGACACCGCCGACAUUGCACAGGACGAGCUUGAAAAGGUCCGCGAGGAGGCACGCGGGUUAACUGACAGCGUGGGCCUCGGAAGAGGCCGCGAGUCGCGCACUAUCGCCAAGCUCGAGGCUGAUAUCGCCGAGCUCAAGGCUGACCUCGAGAUCGCGCAGAAGAGAUCAGGCGGCGACGUCGAGGCGUUCGAGGACCGUAUCAACGAGUGGCGCGACAAGCAUGACGCUGCACAGAUUGAACUCGAGCGACGUGACCAGGAGAUCGAGGAGCUCAACAACGAGAUCGACGCGAAGAUUGCCGAGCACGAGCGUGAGCUCAACGCUGUCGAGAAUGAAUGGCGUGACGAGCUCCUCGUGGCGCGCAGCCAAGCCGACGAGCUCAAGGAUGUCAUGGCCGAGCGCGAGCUGGAGCUCGACGACUUCCGCAAGCUCCUCAUGGAGCGGGACGACGAUAUCAUGGGGGCGAGAGACCGCAUCGCCGAGCUCGAGGCUGCGCGGGGCGAAACAGCUGAGCGCCUCACUGAGACGCUGCGAGGCAUCGAGAUGGACAACGCCACCAAGGAGGAGGACAUCGUCGCUGCCAACCACGAGGUGGAUAGGCUUGGGCAGCGUGUGUACGAGCUCGAGGAGACCAUCGAGGCGCUGCAGGCGCGCGAGGCGGACCUGGAAGCGGAGCUGAACCGUGCCGACGAGGACAAGGCGCACUUCGAGGAACUAAUCGACGCGCUUAAGACUGCUCGGAAGAAGGCCAACGACGAGCGUGAAGAGAUUGCGUCCGCGCUCAAGCGCGAGUCGGAUGCUCGUGCCCAGGAUGCCGACCACCAUCGCCGUGCCGUUGCCGGCCGCGACCAGGCUCAGGAGCGGGUUACGGCCGAGCUCGAGGCGGCGCGGGACCGCGUUGCCAUGCGCGAUCGCGACCUCAUGAAUGUGCAGACCGCACUCCGCUCGCUUGAGGACGAACGGCGCAAGAUCGGCGCCGCGGCAAACAGCGAUCAACACAGCCUCGAGCUAGAGAUUGAGCGCCUGCGUCGCGACCUCGGCGCGUGCGAGGACGACCUCGACCGCGCACGCGACGAGGUGCGCGAGAAGGAGCAGACUCUGCACGACCGCGACAUGGAGCUUGCCGAGCUCAUUGACAAGACGCGCGACCUUGAGGGCCACCUGUCGAAUGAGCGACAAGGCCGCUUAAACGUCUCCGAGAAGCUCGACGCGAUGACCAAGACGGCCAAGCAACACGAGCGCGAAGUGUCGACACUGCGCGAGCGUUUGGAGGAGCUCGAGCCGCUGCUCACGGAAACUCAAAAUGCGCGCAUGCAGGUGCAGAAGGAGAGCGAGCGGCAAAAGCAGGAGCGUUCCGACCUGCUCCUUAGAGUGUUCAAGGACGUGAACCGCUUCCUGGGCACCGAGGACAACACGACGCCACACAACUUUGUCCAGUUCCGGGACACUCUCUUGCAGCGGAUGCGCUCGAUCAACGGCGCGCGCUCUGACUUUGACAAGCGGAUCAAGGAGGUCGAGACGGGCAUGGAGAAGAACAUGACACGCUUAAAGCGACAGCUGGACGCCAAAUGGCGUGCGCUUGACGGCUUCGAGGCGAGUGUCAAGAAGCUCGAGCUGCAGCGAUCGCAACAGAGGGCUAAGCUGGCUCAGAAGGACGGCGAGCUCGACGUUGCGCGCGCCCGCAUCUCCGAGCUGCAGCGCGAGGCCAACCUCGCUAGAGCGCGUGGACCGAGUACCCCGUCUGGAGGAGCAGACCUACAGCGCGCCCUGGACCGUGCUGAGCGGGCGGAGCGGCGCGCACGCGAAGCCCUCGCCAGCAUUCAAGCGCUUGAGAAGCGGCUGGCUGAGGAAAGUGAGCGGGCGUCCGGCGCCGAGGGCAAGUGGGAGGCACGGGUCAAGGAGUACGAGUCGCGGUUGCGGAUUGCUGGCGAGAAGGUCAAGGCCGAGAAGCAGGGUGGUAAGGAGCGGGCGAGGCAACUCGAGGAUCAGGUGCGCGAUUUGCACACGCGGAUCGACCACGCCAACGUACAGAACCGGCGAGCUGAGGGGGUGGUGGCUAACGCCGCACACCUGCUGGACAAUAACAGGUAG